GAUAACGAACUGUAAACUCGUGAUUUGCGCGAACAACCAUUAACGAGGAAAUGGAGGCCACGGGGAUGAUUGACGAAACACCAGUUCCUCAGAAAAGCCGGAAGCUGUGGCAGUAUCUAGCUUCGAUAUCCGCAUGUCUACUAGUAGUCGGGGUCGGAACCGCCCUAGCAUGGACCUCACCUGUGCUUCCAAAGCUCUACCUCCCAGACUCGUUCAUGGUGCUAACAAAGGAGGAGGGUUCCUGGGUGGGUUCCCUCCUCGCCCUGGGUGCCAUUGCCGGUGCAUUUCCGUCUGGAAACCUAGCAGACAAACACGGCCGAAAAAAGACCCUCCUCAUGUUAUCCGCGCCAUUUCUGGCCUCCUGGGGAAUUAUCAUUCUGACCUCCGAAGUCUGGCUCCUCUACGCCGCUAGAUUUCUGGUCGGAAUCGGUGUCGGAGCCGGUUGCGUCGUUGGACCAACUUAUAUUUCAGAAAUUUCCGAAGUCUCGACCAGAGGAACCCUCGGUGCACUGUUUCAACUGUUUCUCACCGUGGGAAUCUUCGCUGCUUUCAUUCUAGGAAGCGUUUUGAACUAUACUGCUUUCGCCGUUGUCUGCGCUGCUAUUAUCGGACUGUUUCUUGGUACUUUCUACUGGAUGCCUGAAUCUCCCGUUUGGUUGGUGGGUCAAAAACAAAAGCAAGAUGCCACGGCGGCGCUUAAGGUGCUCAGAGGUGAAGCUUACGACCCCAAAGAGGAGCUUAACGAGAUGCAGAAGGAGGCGGAACAAAGUGCCGGUAAAAAACCUUCCAUCUUCGACAUGCUAAGGUCUCCGGUCUCUAGAAAAGCCAUGCUGGCAUCCUUUGGCAUGAUGUUCUUUCAACAAGCAUCCGGCGUGAACGCUGUGAUCUUUUAUACGGUGAUGAUUUUCGAAGCGUCCGGAAGCUCGAUGGCGCCCGAAGUUGCGUCUAUCGUGGUGGCUUUCGUUCAGUUGGUGAUGUCAGGUGUUGCGGCGUUGAUUGUGGAUCGAGCUGGAAGGAAACCGCUACUCAUGAUUUCCACCGGUGUUAUGUCAGCCAGUCUCGUCGCGCUUGGAUAUUACUUCCAGAAGAAAGAUAGCGGAAGUGACGUCAGUACGCUCGGUUGGCUGCCACUGACUUCCUUGAUCGUCUUCAUGAUCGCCUUUUCUAUCGGAUUGGGACCAGUACCCUGGAUGCUGAUGGGCGAACUAUUUCCGUCGGAAACCAAAGCAGUCGCAUCCAGCGUUGCCGUCAUGUUGAACUGGUUCAUGGUGUUCCUGGUCACCAAAACCUUCCCAGCGAUGAACGACGAGUUAGGCACCGACAUGACAUUUUGGAUCUUCGCAGCCAUCAUGGCUGGCGCGACAGCGUUCACUCACUUCCUCAUUCCAGAAACUAAGGGGAAAACCUAUCAGCAGAUUUACAAUGUACUGCGAGGUACUACUCGACCGGUCAAACCUGUCCCUUAACCACCGUUUCUCCAAGAAAAAGCUUAUCGAAAUGAACUUGUAUCGUUCAUAAAAUUCAUUGAAAACUUCGCAUCCUUCAUAUCUAAUUAAUUUAAUUGCCCAUCGGUCAUCAGUGUGUAAUUAUCAAAGUUUUAAUGAAUCAGUUUUUUGCAACGACGUUUCAAAAUAGCUAACAAAUCAAUUACGAUGACCCUAGUUAAUCGGAGGACCUUGGCUCCCUGAUUUUACCAAUGUAAUUUCGUAACUGCAAUUUCUAUCGCGUCGAACGAUAUCGCCGGCUAUCGUAAGUGGAACGAUAUCUCGAUGCCUGCUCUUCAGGACGGAAAGAUUCUCGGUGCAAUGGCGGACUUUUAGCCGCUAAAUGUUUGCUGAUGCACUGGAAAUCUUUUGUUGUGAAGGGAAAUAAUGGCGCGUGGAAUUAUGGCGCGUAGAGUAAUGGGGCGUGGAAGUAC